AUGUAUUUGCAACAAUGUGAUGCUUCAAAUAUAGGUGCAGACCAAAAAGGCGAUUCUAGAGGGUUUUGGGGUGUGGGGCUAGUUUCUAGUGGUGGUAGUGGGUGUCCAACUUCUGUUGGUGGUGAUAGUUGGCCUAGUUCUUCUAAGGUAUUUCCCAAGUUGGCUCUAGCUAUAUCACUCGUUUAUGACGAUAAAGAGAAGGAGGAAGGGAAGCAACAGGCGGCGUGGCGGCGUGGCGUGGGCGGCGGUGUAGCGGAGGUCGGCGGUGGUGGUGGGGCCAGAACCAGCGGCGGGGAGACCAAGGCCGGGCUGAGGGCUGAGUGGUGGUUUUCGGCAGGCGGUGGAGCCAACUGGGCGGUCGGGAGGCAGCCGUCGGGGAGUAGGGGGCCGCAGGCGACGACCGUGGGGCCGGCGGGGGUCGGGAGGCGGCCGCCAGGGAGCGGGGGGCUGCAGGCAGCGACCGUGGGGCUGGCGGGGGUCGAGAGGGGGCAGCCGGGGAGCGGGGGGCCGCAUGCGGCGGUGGCGGCAGUAGGGUCGCCAAAGGUGGUCGGGUCGGAAGGAGGCCGGAAAACGGCGCCAAGGGCCAAGGAAGGACUAUCGGUGGCUCGGGGACCAAGACUUUCCCUGUCCAUGGGUCGUACUGACAACGACAAGGACAAGGGCCCCAUGUUUAAUGUUCCCUAUACCCCUCAGCGGAAUGGUGUCAUUGAGUGA